AUGAUGAGCCUGACUCUACUAUUUUGCCUGCUGUCUUUUCAAUUUCCUUUUGUUUUUCCUGCAAGAAACAUUUCUCUGAAGUGCAUGCAAGAUACUGAUGAAUUCCUUUCCGAUCUGAAUUCAGUGAAGCCCAAAGAAUACGCUCUAAGAAUGUAUGACUCUCUGGGAAAGCUUGGGAGCAACAUUUUCAAUGGAAACAUGGACAGGCUGGGAUCAUACAGCGAGUGUCUUUCCACCUAUGCUCCCAAGGGGAACUUCCGAGGGCAGUACUGCAAGCUUCAUAUACUGCAGGAUGGGGCUGACUACAGUGUGGGCGUGUGUGUCCCUGAUUCUUGUGCUGAAGAGGAUGUGACUCUGAUGUCUCGGCUGGAUACUUUAAGAUUCAGAAAUACUUCAUUUUUGGCCCCUUCCCUCUUUCUUUUUACCAUAAAUUCUUCCUCCUUGUCUGAUGGGAGUGUGGCCAGAUGUGCUGCUGGAAAGUUCCCCCUGGACACAUUUGCUGCCGUGUGUCUGUUCAUCACCUUGCUGGAUCUCACCCUGCCUCUGGCUGGAACAGUCUGCGUAGCAGCUAGGGAAUGGGGGUCAGCCUGCAGGACAUCGCGGGAACACGGGGCACCUCUGGCCACUUACGGGAGUCUGCCAUUGAGCGAGGCGGAGAACAAUGAACAAAGAAGCGGAAUCCCACGGACGCACUGCCCGGCACAUCUCCCCCUGUCAGCAGCCUCGAGCAGAGGAAAAAGGUUUCUAGGAGCCGUGGCUCAUGCUCUGGAGUGCUUUUCUUGGCAGAAGAAUGUGCCAGCCAUCUGGACUACAAAGACACCAGGUGGCACCUGCUCUGCACUGAAUGGCAUUCGUGUCUUGAGUCUUCUCUGGAUCAUCUUGGGACACACCAGUCAGAUGACUGCAUGGCUGUCUUUGGAUAAUGUGCUUGAAUGGAAAAGCAAAGUGCUUAGAAACCCACUGUACGUUUACUCUCGGAGCGGUCCCUUCUAUCUUGGAGUUGAUACAUUUUUCCUGAUCAGUGGUUGGUUAAGUGCAAGCUCGUUUUUAAAGAUGCAUCAGAAUUCAGACAAAGGAAUAAUCCCCAAAGGCAUACUCAGAUACUUUCUCAGUCGCCUGGUAAGGUUGCAGCCUCUUCACCUGUAUUCAGUGUGCUUGUUGGUUGGACUGUUCUCUCUUGUUCCCUGGGGACCUGUCUGGGAAGUGCCCAAAUUCCACUGGGAUAACUGCCGGCAAGCAUGGUGGACAAAUCUGCUGUUGCUAAAUAACUUUGUGUCGGUCAAGAAUGCGUGCAAUGGCUGGACCUGGUACCUUGCCAAUGACUUCCAGUUCCACCCCACCACACCAGUGAUUAUCUUCAUCCACGCAAAGAGUACACAGAUCCUCAUCCUCCUUGGGUCCAUGCUGUUCUUGGUGUCUUUCACGGCCACCGCUCUGAUCACAUUGGCAUAUAAACUUCCUGUCGUGGCUCCAUCAGAAAAGCCAGAUCAUGCGACUGUAUUGUAUUUUGUGGAGUACUACACAAAGCCCUGCUGCUGAUUUGGGCCAUUUCUUGUAGGCCUCUUUCUGAGCAUUUACAUGCACCAAAACCACCAGGAAAACAUUCUCAGAACCAAGAUGCAGGUCCUGCUGGGGUGGAGCUGCUCCCUUGUCACCCUAUUUGCGGUGACCGCUCUGGCAUACAUGGUGGAUGACUCCUCUGCUUCCUCUCUAGUAGCUGCAGCUUCUAUCUACCAAGCCCUCCACCGGACCUUGUGGGCGGCGGCCGUGGGCUGGGUCCUUUUUGCGUGCCACGGAGGAUAUGGAGGUCUGGUGAACCGUGUGCUUUCUUGGGACAUCUGGAGUUUCCUGUCCAGCAUCAGUUAUGCUUGCUACUUGGUGCCUCCGAUUCUGAUCAUCCUUUACAAUGGCCUUCAGGAAACACUUAUUCACUACACCGACACCAACAUGUUCUAUCUUUUCUCUGGACACUGUGUGCUGACCUUUGUCACUGGGCUGGCCCUGACGCUGUUCAUUGAGAAACCAUGUCAGGAACUGAAGCAGCGCCUGCUGGGCCAUGAAUGUUCUGGUUAA